GAAGGCCCUCUGGGCCUCAGUUUCUCUUUCUGUAGGAUGGGAGCUCUGGCUUUUCUCCCUCUCACAGCCUGUGACUCUCUCUUCCUUCCCUCAGAUUCCCCGGUACCCUCUGUUCCCCAGGGGCCGUGAGUCAGGUACCCGUCCCCAGCCCAGAGCAGCCCAGCCGUAAGCAGCAGCGAUGAGUCUGCAGGCCUUCACGUACCCACUGCCAGAGACGAGAUUCCUCCAUGCGGGUGACAACGUAUACAAGUUCAAGAUUAGAUACGGCAGCAGCAUCAGAGGGGAAGAGGUAGCGGAUGAGAAAAUCAUCAGCCAGGAGCUGGAGGACUCCAUUCGAGCCAUCUUGGGGAACCUGGACAGUUUGCAGCCAUUUACCACUGACCACUUCAUCAUAUUCCCCUACAAGAGCAAAUGGGAGCGGGUGUCGCACCUGAGGUUCAAACAUGGAGCAGCCCUCCUGGAGCCCUACCCCUUUGUCUGCACCCUCUAUGUGGAGAGGAGGGGCGUGCUGGCCGGGACCCCUGGAGGAGACGAUGACCUCCCAGAAAUGCCUGCCCCUCCAUCAGCUGACCGCCCAUCUGCUCUGGGGCAAGGAGAAGCCCAAGGCUCCGGUUCCUAUCUGAAGGGUGAUGAUGAGGAAGCAGAAGUGAAAGCCAUGGCAGUAAAGAGGAGAAGACUGGAAGGUUGCAAGUUCCCCACAAGACAGGAACAGGAGAGGGUUGUGAUAGGAACUUCCAGCAGGAAGAAGCCCCUGCCUCAGACCAAAAGGAACCGGCCUGGAGAAGCUGCCUCAGAAGACGAAGAGACUGAGGACUUUGACGCUGCUUUUCUCAGGGACCGUGCAAAAACCUGGGAACGGAGGGGGUGCCCGUCAACGAGAGGCUGGCUGAACAAGUUACGGUGCCCUAAUGUCAUAGAAUGUUAUUGUCGCACAAGAAAAGAGGAGUGUGCGGAAUUCAGAGACUCUCGGGAAGACCCGCUUGCACAGGUGCUGCCAGGGCAGGGUCUGGGUCUAGUCUGGGAGACCCAAAGGGAUGCCCUCCACAGCCGAUCGGCCCAUCUUCUCCUGAGGGGCCUCCCAAGCAAAAGCAUGCUGGAUUUUGGGGCUUUCUAAGCUCCCUCUUCCCAUUCCGGCUCUUCAGCAGACGGGGCAGCCAGUGAUCCUGGCAGAGCACAGCGGCCGAGGAAGGGACUGCCUGUUCCUGAGUCACCCUCUGCGGUCUCAGCCCCGUCCCUCGGGCCCAGCCAGAGAGGACUAGCCAGGACUCUGCUUGUCCUUGGCAGCCACUGUUUGUUCAGAGUCAGCGGCUGAUGGAUAAAUGCAGGGAUUGUUCCUU